AAAUAUAUUUGGAGAUCGGCUUCGGCUACGGCUUGGCAGACAUUUUUUUCUUUCUACAAUUUUAAAUUAAAUUUAUUAGAAUAAAUGCUUCGAACACACGCGAUCUAAGUACCUUUUGUGUUUAUUAUACCUUACCUACCUAGGUAUAAAAAGAGUACUUACGUAGAUUUUCUUUUAUUAACUGUUUUAUACGAAGAUCUUGAUCUCUCAAAUUAGCAUCCAUUUUACUUCCAGUGAUUAUCAACUAAAUUAAUAAUCCACAAAGUAUUAAAUAACGUUUUUAUGAAAUAUUUAGCACAAAAACAAUACCCUUUAAAUAUCGAUCGUCAGUAACUGUGGCUGACUUACCUAUAUUCUAGCAAGCAGGACUGCCAGAUGUGAAGGGGAAAUCCCCAAUAAAUUGUUGCAUGUGACUGAUGAUGUGAGCAUGUUCGUUUCAUAAUAAAAAUGUUGCCAGGUAACCAAAAAGUCGUAUGUUUUUGUGCGAAUUACGAUCAUAAUCUUUACGAUCGUACAUUAAAAAAUAGACAAAUAAUAGUAUGAGUACGAUUUAAAUCGUAUAUCUGUCAACCCUGCUAGCAAGACAGCGACAAAAUCACGUUGCAUAACAAUGUAGCCCAAGCUUAUAUCUUAUGAAAUAUACGGAAGAGAUACGGACUUAGAAAAAACAGAAAUGUUGUUCUUUGUGGAAGUCAUUGAUGAAAUUCUAUGUAUUUUAGCCCGCAAACUUUCUUCAAACAAAAACAGCGCCAUCUAGUAUCGAGUUCUGUAAUUAUCUCUUUGUUUAUGGAUUUGAAGUAAGACCGCCACGCAUGCAAUACAUUAUGACUGGGGAUUCCCCUAUUCGUCGACGCUGAAUAUGAGGCGACGACAAUCACUGUCAAACGUGUUCACUAUUACUCUGACUCUGGUAACGUGACUUCCUGGUAACGUGUUAGGUAGGAAAAGCAGUAAAAAAGUGCAUAUUAAGGGAGCAGAUUUGAAAUAAUAUUUAUACUUAACAAGAAAUAAUUAAAGGUUCAAUGGGGAGACCUAAAGAUUUACGCAUAUGGGAGCACUACCGUACUUUACCAAACAAGUCUGUUUCUUGCAAGCUUUGUAAUAAGGUCUACAAAUUCAGUAAUGCUGCCAAAAUGCUUCAACAUCUUAUCACUUGUCCAAAAUCUCCAGAAACAUUAAAAGACUCUAUGAAACUUAUAAAAGAUAGCUCGUCCAAAACCAAAAUGUCUGGACUGUCAGAGAUAGAGACAAAUGAUUCUUUUAUAAGCCCCUCGUCGUCUGCUAACACUACAAUAAAUGCUGAGUUUCAAGACACCGAUGAUCAUAUAAAAACAGAAUUAGCGAGAGCUAUAUUUGUAACAGGGACGCCAUUAUCGAUGGUGCAACAUCCUUUAUGGAUACAAUUUUUCGAAAAAUUGCAACCAAAAUUUAAAAUACCUUCACGUAAAGCUUUAGCGACAAAAUACUUAGAUAAAAUAUAUAGAGAAAUGCGUUUUGAGUUAAAUGAGGAACUAAAUGCUUGUAGUUACUUACACCUUCAGUGCGAUGGCUGGUCUAAUUUAAGAAAUGAAGGAAUAAUAAACUUUCUUAUAUCAAAACCUCAACCUGCAUACGUUAAAAGUUUGAAUACAGAAAGUAAUCCUCACACUAGUGAAUACCUUAGCCAAGAAGUUGAAAAAGUAAUGAAAGUGUAUGGAGCAAAUAAGUUUCUUGUACUUAUUGGCGAUAACGCUAGAAAUAUACAAAAGGCAUUCGAAUUAACAAAACUCAAAUAUCCACAUGUUGUUCCUCUCGGUUGCUGUGCACAUAUCCUUAACUUGUUGUGCCAAGAUAUUGUAAAGAUACAAGAAGUAACUGUGUUUAUUAUGCAAGCCAUAAAUAUAAUAAAAACUGUUAAAAGGAGUCAACGAUUAAGUUCCUUGUUGAUAAAAUCAAGGCAGGGUGAAGAUUCUACACAAACACUAAAAUUGCCUUGUGCUACAAGAUGGGGAAGUCAUGUUACUUCGUUAAAAAGUUUGAAAGCAAAUAAGAUAGCUUUGCAAAUAUUAACAGUUAGAGAAGAUGUGGUAAUUUCAAGAGAUAUUAAAGAUUUAAUUCUAAGUGAUGAUUUCUGGACGAAGACAGGGGAAUGUAUAAGUAUUUUGGAACCAGUCACUGAAAGCAUAUUUUACUUAGAGAGCGACCAGAAUCGUUUGCAUCGCACAUACAUUACAUUUAGAGAUGUACAAGCUAAGAUACGUUUUGCAUUAAAUGAGAUUUCGACAUUGAGCGAAGAAAGCAAACAGCAGAUUCUAACAUCAGUAUCUUCAAGAUGCAAUAUGGCAAUGAGGCCAAUACAUUUUGCAGCAUAUAUUCUAGACCCCAGGACUCUAGGAGUCGAACUUACUCAAGAGGAAGAACUUAAGGGUAUGGAGUUUAUCUACAAUUUAAGCCAACACUUAAGUUUGUCAAAUGUAAUGGCAGAUUUGGCGUGUUAUAAAGCUAAAGAAAACUUUUGGGCCAGAGGAUUUGUAUGGAGCUCAUUAGAUAGCAUUGAGCCCCUAAUAUGGUGGAAAGGUAUUUGUGGUUCCACUGAGUUAAGCAAAGUAGCGAUUCGUAUUCUAUCAGCUCCCUGUACUUCGGCAGCCACUGAGCGUUCCUUUAGUAUCCAAGGCUACAUACAUAAUAACAAAAGAAAUCGACUUACAACUGAAAGAACUGAAAAAAUUUCAUUCAUUUGUUAUAACUGGAAUCUUAAACAUAAAGCUGAAUGCGAGGACAUUCAGUUUAAUGAAGAAAAUACCUUAGAAGCUUUCAUUGAGCAAGUAAAUGAACAUAACAGUUUAGACGAAAUAGAGCCUAUCGAACCUAUACAAUUCAUCGCUUGUAAUAACUCUGAAUCUGACAGUGAUUGACUGUAGUUUUACAUUUUACUUUCAUCUCUUUCUUAAUAAACUCAAAAUCAAAUUAAAAGUUUUUUAUUCUGUAGGCUGCAUAAUAAUAUUGUCUAUGUCCAGUAUAGUGGACGUCUUGCGGCUGAGAUGACGAUGAUGAAGUACAAAAUCAUAAACACCCAAAAAUUUGGGUGUUUAUGGGGUUUAAACCCAAUAAACCCAAAACACCCGGUUUUUACCCACCAGACUUUAAACCCACCCAGGUGGAUUGCCCAUCUC